AUGCAUUUGCUGGGCAAGGACAAGCAGAAGCAAGCAUCUGAUCUGGAAAACUGCCUUUCAACUGUUAAGAUCAUCGAAUGCAGCACAUACGAUUUUUGCCUUUUUAAGAGUAAAUCGUGGCAUGAGUUCAUAAAGGCUCAAGAGACUAAGCAGAAAGAUGCCGAUAGACGAUUAGAAGUGAAGAAAGAGGAAGCUGUGUGGGAAUUGUUCACAAGUGAAUGCACUUACUUCCUGGAUAAUUUGCUGGUUCUCAAGAUGAUAUUUAUGAACACACUAAAAUACCUUCAGAGUAAUGAAUUUCUCUUGGAUGUGGAUUUGUGGAGACUUUUCACAAACUUAGAGGAGUUAAACAAGAUGAGUCUCAGUUUUGUAAGCAAUUUUUUUGAAAUUGUGAAGGAGCAUGUCAACAACUCAGAAUCGUCUAUGGAUUUCAUCUUCAUACUCAAAAAGUAUUUCCAGGGUGACCUUUGUCAGACACAUCAGAUUUAUUGCCUUAAUUACUCCUCUGCUGUCUUCUACUUGGAGAAUCUGAGACAGAGAGAAGAUUUUGGAAUCUACCUGAAAUGGUGCGAGCAGAACAAGUUGUGCAAAAGACUCCAUCUGCCUGAGCUGCUGGUUGCUCCUCUACAUCGACUGACUCGCUAUCCCCUCCUCCUUAACAACAUCUGGAAGAAGUGCACCGAUGAAAGAGAAAAAGGCUUUAUCUGGUCGGUUAAAGAAGAGGUGGAAAAAUCCAUCUGGGAUCUGGAAGGUAAAGUCAAAUGGCUGGACAACUUUCAGAAGUUCAGGCAACUGCAUGAAGUCAUAAUUUGGCCUCAAGUCUGGGAUCGCGACAAGAGAUUCUUUGUCCCAGAGUGCUUAAAGCAAAGUCUGAGAGAAAACAUCAGUGAAAACAUUCUGUCUUCAACGAACAGACUUCUUCAUGAAGGGAGAUUAACACUAGCAGAAAGUACAAGACUCCUUGAUGUCUACCUCUUCCUAUUUGACGAUUUCCUAUUAAUUACCAAAAUUAAACGUAACAAAAAGAAACAUGGGGCCUCGGACACGAGCUCCAUCCCUGCCUGUCCUUCCCUCACUCUGGAGCUGCAGUUGCUCGUGAGGGAGGGUGGGUUUUGCACAGUCCUCGACCAGCCCAUCCCACUGGACAGGCUGUUCCUGAGAAACGUCGAUCCCCUCCACGUAACAGUCUUCAGCCUGCGAAACGCUUUCCUAAUACAGCAUGAAAACAGGUAUGGGCAGUGCAUAGCAGUUUUCUUGCUACAAGCACAAACUGAGACUGCCAAGAAAAUGUGGAUGUCACAGAUAGAAACUGCAAUCUCCAAUAGCACCAAACAACAUGAAACCAAGAAAAGAACCAUUUUCUGCUUCCCAGAUGAAUCCUCUGGAAUUUAA